AGAGAAUGUUGCAUAGUCGCGCACACGUCCAAGGGUUCUACAGUUUUAUUUAUUUUUUUUUUUUUACCAAUAACACAACAUAAAUCAGUGCACUAAAAUCCAAUUGUCAGUGAGGUGAUGUGAACCUGCAGCUCAACUCCGAUCAGUAUAGAUAUACUUAACUCCGAAACUAUCAGCGGACGAAAGUGCAAGUGUUGCAUCGCUAACCAGUAGACCUUGAUUUAUUUUCUCUCCCCCAUCACGUUCUCGGCGAGCGACCGCUCUCUUAUCAACACACCAGCAGCCUUACCUGCGCCUUGGAUGUUCCAUCGUAACCACCAGCACCACCCGCAGGUAUUACGUAACGUAGUGGACGGACGUAAAACGUGACGAGAAAAGGGCACUUUAUUUCAAAAGUGCGGAUAAACAAGAUAGGGGACGGCGGAAGAAAAAGGGGCUGCCGUGACUUGCCAUACCCAUAUUGCCUAUACCCCGCAAUAGGCCCGGUACCCAAUGCUAGUGGUGAUGGUGUCGCGUGAAUGCGAUGACGGUGUCUCGAGCCGCGGUGGCUCCAUGGCACCGGGCCAACAUCUAUAAGUUCCUCUUCUGCAUCGUCUGCAUCCUCAUUGCCCUGCAAUAUCUACUCAACGGCGCCUUCGAUCGGAAAUACAUCGAGAAUAUUUUCACCAUCAACACCAGCCGGCCACCGCACCAGCGAGCCUUCGUGGUGUACGACUCGGGCGUGACGCCAUCAGCUUCGACAGGCGGUGAGGAAAAUGACGAGGUCCCCGGCCCGGUAGUCGGCGGCCCCGGCAACGCGAGCGGCACCAUAGCCCCGAUGUCGAGGCUCGGCAAUGGCUCGGCGUCCAACACGCCGCCGCUGCAGGAGGAAGCCGCACACCCGCAGCCGACGAGUCUAAGCGGCAACGGCUUCAGCAGUACACCAACGACCGUCAACUUGACCUGUCCCUCCACCCCACCGAAUCUCGUGGGCCACGUGGCAGUGAGCACGUCGCCCCCGGACUUGGCGGAGAUGGAGAAGGCCUUCGCCAAGGUGAAACAAGGCGGCAAGGGUGCCCCGGAGGAGUGUCAGGCGCUCUAUAGGGUGGCGAUCGUCAUACCGUUUCGCGACAGGUUCCAGCACUUGUUGACUCUGUUGUACAACCUACAUCCGAUGCUGCUGCGCCAGCAGCUCGACUACCAGAUCUUCGUCGUCGAGCAAGAAAAAAAUUUGCAAUUUAAUCGAGCCACGCUCAUGAACAUCGGCUUCGUGGAGGCUCUGAAGGAGCGGCCGUUCGACUGCUUCAUCUUUCACGACGUGGAUUUGCUGCCCGAGAACGACAAAAACAUUUACAACUGUCCGAAGCAGCCGAGGCACAUGUCCAUGGCCAUCGACACUUUUAACUACAGGCUGCCCUACGCUGACCUAUUCGGAGGUGUCUCAGCCAUGAGAACCGAGCACUUUCGACUGGUUAACGGUUUCAGCAACAUGUUCUGGGGCUGGGGUGGCGAAGACGACGACAUGGCCAAUCGACUCAAGUUCCACAAAUUACACAUCUCCAGGUAUCCCAAGGAUAUAGCUCAGUACAAGAUGCUCGUGCACAAGAAGGAAAAGGCCAACCCCAAGCGGUACGAUGUUCUCAAGAACGGCAGAAAGAGGUUCCUGACGGACGGGCUGAACAGCCUUCAGUACGAGAUCCUGUCGAAGAAGAAGGCAAAGUUGUACACCUGGUUUCUGGUCCGGCUGACGCCGCCUGCGCAGCCCAGCUGAUGGCUCCCGUGGAUCGUCGGGUAAGCUCUUCUGGAACAAGUCGGCGCCGCUACUGCCGCUUCCGACCCGAGGAGAGAACUACUCGAUCGAUCCGCCAGCUACGCUGUGCCGGCAAACGAACGGGGCUGAAAAAAAUAGCCCCUUCAAAGUGAAUGGAAAAAAAAAAGAAAACAAGACAACAAUGAUGAGACGUGACGCAGGUCGUUCCACCACGUGUUUUUUUUUUUCCUCCUCGUCCAAAGAGGGGGAGCUUUGUAGAAAGUCCGAAACAGUGUGUGCAUUGUGAAACUCUACUUGGUACGCAAUGCAGGUAAUUUUUUUUUUCUACAAGCGUUUGUAUUUUAGCGACAAUAGUAAAAAAUCACCGGCUAUUUCUUGACGCGAGUGCGAAAGGUUUCACUACUUGUAUACCAUAUCGAUGAAUUUUAACAAAUCGUACGCUUAAAAGUUUCCUUUUUACAUAGUCAUUGGACGAUUGCCGGCUGAUGUUGCACAGUUCAGUAGGUACAGUUGGAUGUGCUCAAUUUAUCCAAACACGAGUUGUUGUGGAAAAAAAAAAAAAAAAAAAACCUGUAUAAAAGCUAAAACG